AUGACAGUAGCUACCGUGCGGAGACUUCAACUGCUGCAAUAUUUGGGGGAACUUGAACAGAAUAUUGCUGAAAAUGACGAGGCAAUUGCCCAUUUAUUACACAACGGACACAACGGACGUCCACGGAGGCAAAGAAGAAGAUACUGGAUAAGACCAUGGAUCACUAGACGUACUCAGUAUGGACAUUUUGAUCGUCUGAUGAAAGAACUUGAAACGGAGGAUGUAUUGUCAUUCAAAAACUUCCUCAGAGUAGAGCCAGAUAUGUUUAGAGAGCUUGUAGACAGACUGAGUCCCAGAUUACAAAAACAAGACACGUGGUUUAGAAAGGCUUUGGAACCUGGAUUAAAGUUGGCCAUAACACUUUGGUAUUUAGCAACAGGAGAGUCAUACACAAGUCUUAUGUACGGAUUUCGAGUUCCACAUAAUACAAUUUCCUUGCUGAUUCGAGAAGUUUGUGAAAGUAUAAUAGCGGAAUAUGCUGAUGAAGUAAUUGCAUGUCCAACAACUACAGAUGAGUGGCAACAGAUAGCUGAGCAGUUCAAAAAUAGAUGGAACUUGGACCAUGUCCUUGGUGCUUUGGAUGGGAAGCAUAUUGCUAUAAAAUGCCCCCGAAACGGAGGUUCACUUUAUUACAACUACAAAGGGUUCCACUCCCUCAUUCUUAUGGGGCUUGUUGAUGCUGAUUAUAAAUUCAUUGGGGUUGACAUAGGUGCAAAUGGUUCUGCAUCAGAUGCUACUGUGUUUAACAACUUAGAAUUAAAAGAUGUCAUCGAAAAUCAAAAUAUUGGAUUUCCAGAAGCUGACCCCCUACCAAAUGAUAACAGAAACAUCCCGUAUUUCAUCGUGGGUGAUGACGCCUUCCCUCUCAGGACAUGGCUUAUGAAACCAUUUGCAAGAAGGACUUUGACCAAUGAGGAGCGUAUAUUCAACUAUAGACUCAGCAGAGCAAGGCGCGUUGUAGAAAACGCAUUUGGAAUACUUGCCAACAGAUGGCAAUGCCUCUUAGCUCCCAUGCACCAAGAACCAGAAACUGUUUCAUCUAUGGUAUUAGCAUGUUGCUGUCUUCAUAAUUUGAUGCGAAUGAGAUUUCCAAAUCUCCAAAACGAAAAUCUUGACCAGGAGGACCUAAAUCAUCACGUGGUUCCGGGGGCUUGGAGAAAUUGUGCAAACCUUACAGAUUUGGAUAACGUUGGUGGAUGCAAUCGAGCAACUAUAGCAGCAAAGACCCAGAGGCUCUACCUGAAGCACUACUACAACUCACCCGUUGGGGCGGUUCCCUGGCAGAAUGACAUGAUAUAA